AUGAAAAGAUAGAGUCUUGAAGCUAUCUCACAAUUCCCUCAAAGUUUCAAGAAUUCUUUAUUUCUUUUUCAUCUCUACUUUUUCAUCCUGCAUUCAAGAUUUCCCCACCUGAGUUGAUCACAUUCAGCCAGAACAGUGAAAGCACUGAAUGAAACAAUAAACCAUGUCCAAGAACUGGUGCAUAUAUAAUCAACAACAACCAAAUUACUCUCCAACUCCCUCUUCCUCCUCCUCUUCUCCCUCCUUUGGUGCUUCAAUGGGAAUGGUUUUUGCAGACAUGAGUUCUCUCUCAAUUGAUCCCAAACAUGGUAUCACAAAUUUAUUCCAAAACAGCCCUCUUUCCAAAAGAAGUGCACCAAACGGUUCUUGGGAUUUUCCAGCUUUCUUGAAAGGCGGGAUCUUGGAAAACCAUCAUCAUCUUCAUGGCCACCAGAACAGUGAUGGAGAGGAAGAGGGUAAGGUAUCUGAUUCCAGUGAUGGUUUUGGAGAAAAUAGUGAGCCCUUUGAUCUCAAUGCUUCUAUAAGUGAUCAAGAUCAAGCUGCCAUGCAAGCUGAAGAGAAUAACAACACUAAUAACAACAGCAAUGGUAGUAAUAAAGAUGCAGAGAGCAGUGGGCAGUCAAAGCUUUGUGCAAGAGGCCAUUGGAGGCCUGCUGAAGAUGCAAAGCUUAAGGAGCUUGUAGCAAUUUAUGGCCCUCAAAAUUGGAACCUUAUAGCAGAGAAGCUAGAAGGAAGAUCAGGAAAGAGCUGUAGGCUGAGGUGGUUUAACCAGCUGGAUCCAAGGAUCAACAGAAGAGCAUUCAGUGAAGAAGAAGAGGAGAGACUAAUGGCUGCUCACAGACUGUAUGGGAACAAGUGGGCCAUGAUAGCAAGGCUAUUCCCAGGAAGAACAGAUAAUGCAGUAAAGAACCAUUGGCAUGUCAUAAUGGCCAGGAAAUAUAGAGAGCAAUCAAGUGCUUACAGGAGGAGAAAAAUGGGGCAUCUUGUUUACAGAAGAAUGGAAGAAGAAGUUGAUAAUAAUUUUCAUAGCAGCAAUCCUUCCAGUGUGCCAUUUGGUGGGAUGGUUUAUGGGUCAAAUGGCUGUGGAGAAGUAAUCCCAUCUAACAAUGGCCACCCCAUUCUACCUCCCUUCUCUGGAUUCCCUGCAUCUCACCAAAUGCCUUUUGAUCCUUUCCCAGGAAAAUGCAACAAAGAGAUUGGGGACAUGGGAAGAUGUUGGGGAAAGGCUCAAAUUCAUGGCCAACACUACCCUCCAUCUCCACUGAUGAUCACAACAAACAUGCACCACUCAUCUCAAUCCCCACAGUACAUUAAUUUUCCAUGCUCCACCACCAUCUCACCGGAAUUCUUCAUUGUAAGGUCACAACCACCACCACCUCCACCACCGUCAGUGGCUGAGGAAGAGGACAGAAAAGGCAGCAGUAUGGGUAACACUCAGACAUUUGCCCCUACAUUUAUAGACUUCCUCGGAGUUGGAGCCACUUGAAAACAAAAGAAAAAGCUUAUAAUGGUUCCUUCCACGCCCGGCCAGACCACCUGAGGGAAAUGUAUGUUCUUUCCAAGAAACAGAAAAAGAACCAUUUUUUUUCACUUCUGGGGAGGAAACAGUGAAAUCUCUGCAGUGGGGGUGACACUCAUGAUAAUAACAAAAGCUAACAUCUUUCCCCAAUCCCCAUUAUUGUGACUCUCUUUAUGAGCCCUCAAAUCAAGAAAAGGAAAAAUAAGAAAAGAAAAAUCAUUACCAACUGUUGAAACAAUAAUCUUUCGUCUGUUUCUUUUUAAUUCCCU